AUGAGAAAAAUUGAUCAGCUGCUCAUGACUUUGAUGAAAUUGAAACAAAAUUUUCCACAUCAAGAUUUAGCAGUAAGGUUUAAUGUUUCACAAGGCACAGUCUCAAAUGUUGUAACAACAUGGGUGCAUGCCUUGCAUGAAAUUUUAUUCAAACAAUUCAUGUCUGGAAUACCAGAUAAAAGUAAAAAUCAGUUGUGCUUACCAAACUGUUUUAGUAGUUUCACAAAUUGUAGAAUUAUAAUAGAUUGUACGGAAGUUUAUACUUGUAUAAAUCGCCAAAAUAUGUCUUCCCAGAAGUUGACGUACAGCUCAUAUAAGCAUAGAAAUACAUGCAAAGGAUUAGUAGGUGUUGCACCAAAUGGUGUAGCUACAUUUUUAUCAUGUUUAUAUCCAGGUUCAACAUCAGACAAAAAAAUUGUCAAAGAUUGUGGAAUCUUAAAUCAACUUAAACCUGGAGACUUGGUAUUGGCAGAUAAAGGAUUCCUAAUUAAAGAUUUAAUGCCUCCCGGAGUUCAUAUUAACAUUCCCCCAUUUCUUACAACUCCUCAAUUCACUACAGAACAAGUUCAUCAAACUGAAUGCAUUGCUCGAGCAAGGAUUCAUGUGGAGCGUGCUAUAAGGAGAAUGAAGGUGUUCAAUAUAUUAAAUUUAAUUCCACAUUCUUUGUUACCACAUGCUGAUGCUGUGUUUCAGGUAGUAGGGGCUUUAACAAACUUGCAGUAUCCUUCAAUUAAAGAAGUUGGACAACUUUAUUAUGAAGGGAUUCAAAAGAUUGAUCAUAUCAGUUAG